CCAGCAGGGGGUGCUAUAAGGUGGAGCAGCGUCAGAUCCCGACCUCACCUGCUGAUCACUCAUCGUCUGAUCCAGAGAGAAGAUGAAGUCCCUCAGCCUCUGCCUCAUCCUCGUCCUGUCCCUGACCGUCCACCGGGGGCUCUGCGCCUCCGCUAGAAGGCACAAUGAGGUAGCAGAUCCUGCAGAUCAUCUCGCCAGCCCAGACGUGGUAGAGUCACAUCUAGAGGAGGUUUUCCAUAGAACAAAGCGUUUCUCCCACCUUUCCAUCUGUCGCUUCUGCUGCAAUUGUUGCAAGAACAAAGAGUGCGGAUUAUGUUGCAAGACCUAAGACCCGGAGCUCCACCACAGAAUGGAGAGACUUGAUCUAAGAACGCUUGAGAUUGAGGGCCGGUCAGGAGACAAGAUGUCUUGGGGCCCCACAGUGGAAGCCCCACAGCCCUUCACCAGGUGGUGGGGGAGGGGGUCUUCUUUAAUUCCGUAUUUCUAAGAAUAUUCGGAGAAAUGUCCAUUGUCGCUCAUCGUGAUGUAACUGUAUGGAGUCUCCAGCCCUGUAUUUAUAAGUGUUGUCGAUGUUUUUGGUUUAUA